UACCAUGAUCCUUUGGAGGGAAGCGGGCCUCUCUGAGCAGAGCAGCGUGACACAGAGGAGGGAGAGAAAGCCAAUGUUGGAUUCUGACAGCAGCAGCAUCGUCAGCAGCAACGGGAACGGAGGCAAGUUCGCGCACCCCCCAGCUUGGCAGCAGCCCCCCAGCCCACCUGUGUGACAUGGGCGGCACCACAGGCCAAGCACCCUGCCGGCCACCGGCACCGCCACUGCCGGCCUCUGACCAGGAGGGGGCGCCAGAGGAUGGCCCGCCCAAAGGCCCUGAGACCACCUCUACGCUGGAUCGGCUGGCACAGGCCACGGGAGGCACAGAGAAGUCCUGGUACCGCUGCGUCUUCCCCUUCGGGGUGAUAUCGCUGGUGAUCGGUGUGGCAGGCACGGGCGUCACCUUCACCUUCAACAACCUGCCGCAGACCAAGGUGGUGUCGGUGGUCCUGCUGGGUGUGGGGCUGGUCCUGGUUCUGACCGCCGCCGUCUGUUGGAGGGUCCAUAAGAUGAAGCGGGAGAAGAAGAAGGAAGGGGAGUUCAGCUCUGAGCAGUGUCCCCUGUGAGGGGGGUGCAGGGGGGCGGAUGGAUGCACAGGCGCGGCACUGGAGGGUGAGGACAGAAGCUGCGGAGUGGGACAGCCGCCUCAUUUGCUUCUGGGGAGGGGGGGAGGGGGCUUUUUUGGGCCUGAUCAAUGGAUGGUGCUUAGCCCAGCUGGAGUGUCUGAGAGACGCCCCACUCUCACGCCCACACGCAUAGUACCUUUGAGUGCAGUGGCGUGAAGGUUAUCUGGAGCUCUGCUGACUCCCGUGCCGCCCUGGGAUUAUCUGCCACGUCAUUCCACUUCCUGUUUUGACUAGUGACAGCGUGGGAUCGCCCCCAGGGGGUUGGCCGGCGUUUACGCCCGAGCCCUGUCUCACCCUCGGGCACCAGUCCUCUGCACGUGUGAGAUGGCGGAGAGGAUCACUUCCUUGGUUUGGUUGGGGGUAAAUCUGUGGUGGAAACUGAAGAGUGGGCGUUGGGGGUUUGCAUGUGGGGGCGAGAGACAGCGAGCAGGUUGGUGGAUGAGCUGGGGGCGGUCGAUCUAUCAAGGGGAAGUGAGACAAUGUAUAGAUAGCAUGCUGAGGUCAAGGCUGGUGUCAAGCAGGGUGUAAAUGAAGGUUGGCAAAGUUUUAGUGCUUGUGUCAGUGUUCCGGUGUCAGUGUUGUUCUGAGUGCUGAUGUAAGUGUUGAUGUCGGUGUUGCCCUGAGUUCUGGUGUCAGUGCUGGUCAAAGUGUCCAUCAGGGUCUCAGUUUGCAACUGGCAAACCUGGAAGUGUUGCACCUGGAACCUGAGUAGACAAACCAUGCACUCUGUGAGUGUGUUUGUGUGUCUGUAAGAGAAGCGGAUAAUUCAUGCCAGGCUUUGAUCUGCAUCCAGGUGGGUGUGUUUGUAAAAUCAGUACAAUCACAUUGUGCAGCACGUUCCAGUUCAGUGUGACCCCUCUCAGCACAUCACCCCCAGCAGGGGGGCGACUCCUCAUUCCCGUCAUUACUGAAGUACAUAUUACUGUUUGUGUGCAUUAAACCUUCAUCGCCUGUGCAUCAGAGCCUUCCUGCCCCAUCUGCAUUUCAGAAGAAUGAGUGAGGCACCCAGCCAUCGAGAGGCGCCCUCGUGCCUAGUUGCCCCAUCUCCCGCGUGUUCCAUGGUGCGUGUGGCAUCAGCUGACCCUAAAUGUGUUUAGGCUGUUUUUGUACUUCCAACUGUAGGGGAAUGCAUGUGCGAUGUUGCUUUGGUCACGUGGGUCUUGAAGCCAACGCGGUCUAUAAGGAAAUUUCCUGUUAAGUGCCUGUUAACCUCAGCGCACUUGGAUCAGAGGGGCGAGGUGCUUUGAGAACAUCUUACAUAAACCGAUUAUUUUAUUAUGUUUUUUUGCUUUUAAGGUAACGCUGGAUUUCUUUUCCAGGGGUCCAAACACAGCGGUGCUGGAUCCCUCUUGUUUUUGUACUGAUUAUUUAAAUUAAUAUUUCUUUUUGUUUGUUAUUAUUCAUAUUUUUCUACAGAAAUGAAAGAGAAUAGACAAUGUUCCUUAUUUUUGCCCACUUGUAGCAAAAGUACGAGCUGUGAUAUGUGUGGGAGGGAUGCAUUGUGUAUAUUCUGACCAAUGUGGAUAGCGGGUGGCCAAUCAAGAGGCUACGUGGAUUGUGAUGUGACGACACCUCGGCCAAUCAGAAUGCACGUUUCAUUCCUCAGCCCUUUACACCUGCUGCAGGCACCGAAGGGGUGUGUUGGCUGUGCUCUCCACUUUCUUCCCCUCUGCGCUCAUUCAAGAGAGG